AUGUCUAUAGUUUUGGCAUGGAUGCUUUACACAGAAGGCUGGUCCAUUGAAGGUAACUCGGGAGAUAGGUUGAGCAUGCCAGUUACAGUGAAAGGGAUCUCAAUGAACUUGAAGUCGCAUAACCCGGGAGAUAGGCCGAGUAUGCCAGUUACAGUUCUAAGGCUAAGUGGUGAAGGGUCAUUGCCUCAAGCUCAAAAACCUUGUUCUUAUAGUGAAAGGGAUCUCAAGGAAUUCGAAGUUGGUCCUUCUUUUAAAGCAUUUUCAACAAAAGAAGGCAAGUGCUUCAUAUUUGGGGCAAAGACUCAUGAAGUUCCCAAAUUGUGUGAGGAAGGAUCUCCUAAAAUGCCACUGCAAUGUGCAUGUGUUAAAAGUUUCAACAUAUCCAAAGUAGAUAUUGAAAAGAUAGCAAUUUCACAGUAA